AUAACAAAGACGCACACAAAAUCCACUUAGAUAAUGACAGAAAGUCUUUUUUCAUUUCCUUUUAAGAAUGUUCUUCAUCAAGAAAUCAAACAGGCCCUCACCUUCUUCUUCUUCCUCUUCACCAUUUCCUAUGGCUCCUUCUCUCUCCUCUCUCCUCCCUCACUCUCAAUCCACCUCUGUCCCUUUCCAUUCUCCUAACCCCAGCCCAUAUCUCACCCACCGCUCACAAUCCCUAAAUCUUUCCGUUAAAAGCUCUUCUUCUAAUAACAAUAAAAUUACAUACCCACCACCUCCUCAACAGCCGGUGCCGGCCGAGAAGAAGUCUUUUGCUGUUGCCACAGGAGAGCUUUUUUUGGGAAUUGCUUCGAGAUUGUUGAAAAGUGGUAGUAGAAGUAAAAAUGGGAGUUUUUCUUCUUCUGGGAUUUCUUUGUUUGAAAAAUCGAAUGGGAAAGAGAGUGGUGAUGUGGAUUAUGAAGAAAGGAUAGGAGCGGUAAUGGAGGAUGAGAUAGAGCCGGAUGUUAUUUGGGAACAGAGGGUUAAGGAUAUUGAGGCUGAGAAAGAACGGCGUGUAAUUACAAGUCCUGGGUUUAGUUUUUCUGCUGCUGGAUUGUUGUUUCCUUAUCAUCUUGGUGUUUCUCAAUUGCUCAUUGAAAAGGGCUACAUUAAGGAAACCACUCCACUGGCUGGUUCCUCUGCUGGGGCUAUAGUGUGUGCCGUGAUUGCCUCUGGAGCUAGUAUGCAGGAGGCCCUACAAGCUACUAAAAUAUUAGCUGAAGACUGCCGGCUAAGAGGGACUGCAUUUCGACUUGGGGCUGUUCUCCGAGAUGUUCUGGAAAAGUUUCUACCAGAUGAUGUGCAUAUUAGGUCCAGUGGGAGGGUUCGUGUUGCUGUAACUCAGAUUUCAUGGAGGCCCAGGGGUUUAUUAGUGGAUCAAUUUGAUUCUAAGGAAGAUCUCAUAAAUGCAGUUUUCACUUCUUCAUUUAUUCCAGGAUAUCUUGCCCCAAGACCUGCAACAAUUUUCCGAAACCGUCUUUGCAUCGAUGGGGGUUUGACAUUGUUUAUGCCUCCAACAUCUGCUGCUCAUACGGUAAGUGCUAGAGAUAUUUUUCCUCUGGACAUUGCAAUAAAUAUCUAUGCACUUAAUAAGACAGAUAAACUGACUCACAUGCAUUCUAAAUCGUUCCAGCUUUUCAAAUGGGCAUUGGAGCCAGCAGAAGAUGGUAUUCUUGACAGGCUCUUUGAGCUCGGAUACUCAGAUGCAGCCAUGUGGGCUGAGGAGAAUCCAGUUGAGAAAUUAGUUCAAGACGAUAGUCCUUUAGAUGAAACAUCAUAACCUAUUUUUCCCAAUUUGAUUUUGAAGAUGCAUGAGAUUGUUUGUCUGGACUUCCUCUGUUGGUUAGUUCCACAUAGCAAGGUCAGUGACGCAAAUUCUUACCUUAGAUCAAAGUAGUGCUUGCUUUAAGGGAUAGAAUGCACAUUAUCGUAUCUUCUUCUCCCAGAUGUUGUAUAGUAUAAUUACUAAGUCAAUGUAAGAUUUCUAGCUAGUGAAAUAUAGAAUAAUAAGAAAAGAAGAAAAUUUGUAAAGUUUAGGGAUUGUGAUCAAGAUUAGGAUGAUUUAAAUAUAAUUUAUGUCUUGUUUGUCAUAUUUGUCUGAACUAUCUGAUACAUUCUCCUGAUUGUACUGCAACACAUUUUAUAAAAAUCCAGAAAUAUGCUCUGUAAUUUCUAA